AUGAAUCGUGAGGAAAACGACGCGCACCAUGACAACCGCGAAGAAGACGGUGGCAGUGGCGGUGGUGGAGCUAACGGUGGCGAUAAUGAGCCUGAGGGAGAACUGUACGACCUAGCGCUGGCUACCGUACAUUCUUACAUAAGCGCGGGCAUGAUGCCGUUGCGUGGUCGCGCCGUGCUGGAGCCGGGCUGGCAAGGCCGCGUGCCCGUGAUGGCUCACCACAACUGCGUGUUCCCGGGCGAGACGAUGCCCAUGAUGAUGCGGCACGCUAACGACGCGGUACUCAUCGCGAAAGCCAUCAGACACAACAAACUCUUUGGUCUGCUCUGCCCUGAUGCGACGGGCAACCUGGUAUCGGGAUACGGUGUGCUGUGCGAAGUGUUUGAGGCUGGGGCGGAGGAGGAGUUAAACGACCUUCCAAAAAUCAGUUCUUUCAAAGCGCGCGCCCUUUAUCGCUUCCGUAUCCUGAACUUGCCGAAAAAGUCUGUGGUAAUCACCUCUUUUAACAGGAUGAAACUGGUGGACGUGACGGUGCUGCCCGAGGUGGCGACGCGCGACUCGCUGUGCACCAUGCGCCUGCACAGCCUCGCGCCGCUGCAGGCGCCGCACCACACCUACACGUCGGGCGGUGCGCAGGCGCGGCGCCUGGAGGCGAGCUCGUCGCCGUGGCCGCCCUUCGUGCACGACAUCUUCAACUACCAGCGCCUGCGCAAGUCCAUACAGGACUUCUUUACCUCUAUCAAAAUUGACAAGAUGCCGGACGACCCGGUGUUGCUGUCGUUCAUGGUGGCGUCCAACCUGGUGCUGUCGUUGGGCGACUGCCUCGCGCUCUUCGUCGUGGACAACGCGCUGCUGCGCCUGCACCUGGCGGUGGGCUUCAUCAAAAGGAAAAAUACGCUGUGCUGUUUGUCGUGCUUGACGGAGAUCACGGAUAGAAACCAUGUAUUCCCCAUGUCCAGCGAGGGCGUCACGGGCAAUUACGUGAACCUCGGUGGACACGUGCACGACGUCCUCACCGUGCGCGAGGUCCGCAACGUGAACCUGAGCGGCCUCCCCACGGAUGAGUACUCCUGGUUCCCCGGAUACGCCUGGACCAUCGCCACCUGCGAGCACUGCGACUCUCACGUCGGCUGGAGAUUCGAGGCGUUAAAGCCUACGCUCCGGCCCCAGCGGUUCUACGGACUGUGCCGCCACAACCUCCAGCCCCACACGCGCCAGGACGCGGGCCCCGCGGACCGGAACUGA